AUGGCGUCAAUCUUCAACGUGAAGUUGGUGUCGCUCACCACCUUGUUAUCAGUAUCUGGCAGAUCGAUUGCGCAAUUCGUCGCGCCACCAGCCGAUCUCGUUUCGAAGACUGGUUAUGCAGACAUACCGGUCCGCUACAAGGAAGUCCCAGUCGGGACAUGUGAGUUGGACCCCAAUGUGAAGAGCUAUUCCGGGUAUGCGGACGUUGGCGCAGACGAACACAUAUUCUGGUGGUUCUUUGAAGCCCGCAAUCAGGACCCAUCCGAGGCCGACCUGACCGUUUGGAUCAAUGGCGGCCCGGGCUCGUCUUCCAUGAUCGGGCUGUUCCAGGAAAAUGGCCCCUGCAGAGUUGACGCUGACGGGAGUGUGGUUGACAACCCCUAUUCCUGGUCGAAUGUAUCGAACAUGCUUUUCAUUGAUCAGCCCGUCGGCACCGGGUUCUCCUACGGCAAAGCGGUCCCAGCUUGCCAGAGCGCCUCCGGCAACCUCAUUCAGCUGCCAGAUGCCACAUGCCCUGAAUACGCCGAAGGCACUGGUACUUGCGGUACAUGGUCAGCAGCGAACGAGACCCUGACUGCGAACAGCACGGCAAAUGCUGCUCCAAAUUUCUGGAAGACCCUUCAAGGCUUCAUGGGCGCAUUCCCGCAGUACUCACGCGGCGACUUCAACUUCGCAACUGAGAGUUACGGCGGCCACUACGGUCCGGUUUUCAACACAUAUAUCGAGCAACAGAAUGAGCUCAUCAGGAAAAAUAGCUCAUCCGGGCAUGAGAUCAGCCUCAAGGCUGUUCUCAUUGGCAAUGGGUGGUUUGACCCUCUUAUUCAAUAUGCCGCAUACUACAACUUUACGGUCUCUCCGGGCAACACAUACGAUUACUUCCCAUUCAACAACUCGAUCAGUGAUAUGAUGUAUAAUGCCAUGUAUGGCAAAGGCAACUGCUUCGACCAGACCGUCGAGUGCAACACCAAUGGAGUUGAUGAGAUUUGCACGGCGGCAGACAAUUUCUGCUACCAAGAGGUCGAAUCUGUCCUGGACAUCUACGCUAACCGCGACGAGUACGAUAUCCGCGAGCUUCAGCCCGACCCCUUCCCGCCCACCUUCUACGUGGACUACCUCAACAGCGGCGCAUUUCAAUCGGCAGUCGGUGCAUACGUCAAUUUCUCAGAGAGCAGUAGCGUCGUUGGGAGUGCCUUUGGCUCCACGGGUGACGACGACCGUGUUGAUGGCACAGUGGAGGCUAUGUCUGCGUUGAUCGCACAAAAUUUGACGGUAGUGAUGUUCUUUGGAGAUGCCGAUUACAACUGUAACUGGCUUGGCGGAGAAGUGGUUGCGGAAGAAAUCAACGCUCCCGAUUGGAACAGCGCAGGAUUUGUCAACAUCAGCACCGUGGACAAGAUUGUUCAUGGACAAGUGAAGCAGUCUGGUGCUUUCAGCUUUGUCAGGAUCUAUGAGUCAGGCCAUGAGGUGCCAUUCUACCAGCCGGAGGUGGCUCUGGCGAUGUUUGAGCGUGCUAUCAGCGCCAAAGAUAUCGCAACUGGCCUGGCUGAUGUGGUGCCUGGGGCGGUUUAUACCACCAAUGCCGCCGAGCCCUUCUCGGUUGCCGAGGUCACCACGGCGCUGCAUAUGAUGAUUUGCAAGGCGGAGAUCAUGGCGGUGUUUAUCUGA